AUGAUACAGCAUCCUUCUGUGUCGCUGCUACGGAGGCAGUUUGCUAGGUUUGUUUCCCUGAAAGUAAAAGGAAAGAGUUCAUCCUCUAGGAAAUGGCUGGAACGUCAAUCAUCUGACCCCUUCACAAAGGAAGCUCACGCAAAGGCAUUGAAAUCAAGGGCAGCGUUUAAGCUGCUCCAAAUCCAUGAGAAGUUCAAUAUCUUCCGUCCAGGGCAAAAUGUCGUGGAUUUGGGGUUUGCUCCUGGUGCAUGGUCCCAAGUUGCAGCCGAUAAAGUGACUUCCAGAGGCAAUAUUCUUGGGAUAGAUAUCCUAGCCUGUGAGCCUCCAAAAGGGGUGUCUUCAAUGCAGGCCAACAUCUUGAGUAAGACCACGCAUGAGAUGAUAAAGACUCAUUUUUACCAGUUGAACAUGGACAAAGACCUUAGAAAGCUUCAAGAAAUUGAACCAAUAGCGGAUGGACCUUCCUACUUUCAGGCUGAAGUAGACGAUAACCUCGAGAUAAGUAACAAGCAGAAGCAGCAAUUCCCUGUGGAUGUGGUAAUGAGUGACAUGUGCGAGCCUUUUUUUCAGUCUUCAGGUUUUGGAUCAGCAAUUACUAACAAACCCUUCCAUAGGAUGGCUAACACCACUGGGAUGGCCUUCAAAGAUCAUCUUUUGAGCAUUGACUUAUGCGAUGCCGCUUUAAUUUUGGCCAUCGACAUUCUUAAAGUUAAUGGCACAUUUUUGUGCAAGUUCUUUCAAGGAAAGGAAGAUAAACUCUUAGAAGCCCGGUUGAAAAAAUGCUUCAAAGUGGUCCAGAGAUAUAAACCACCUGCAUCUAGAAAGGAGAGCAAAGAAAAUUAUUUCAUUUGCUUUCAAAAAUUACCCAACCUUGAUAAAAUUCAAGUGUUUUCAUAG